CAUGCUUACGAUCUAGAUGCUUAAAAGCAACCAUGGUUUUCCCUUCAGAGUAAGAGAGUAAUCCUUUGUACACGUUCCCAAAUCCACCUUUUCUAAUAACAUUGUUGUUAUCAAAGUUCUUGGUAGCUGAUUUUACCUGUUCCAGUUUGAUUUAAGGUGUCGAGUCUCUCCCAGAAAGGCUUCCAUUCUUUGCUGAUCCAAUAGUGAUUACAAAACUGAAAUCGAAAUGAUGGAAGCAAUUGCAAGUGCAGGAGGUGAGGCUUCCAUGAAAUUGUGUGGUUGGAAGAUCUUUUAGUGUGAUUUCAUGGCCAAGCCACUGAGCCAGCCAUCCAUGGAGCAGCUCCGUCAAUGACUUUCACUGAGGCUAUGUACUCGCGUCCAAUCUCCUCAGAUACUAGCUCCAUUGCUUGAUGUUGACAAUAACGAGUUUGGAGAUGGCAGUGGCAACGAUGACAAGUUUGGUAGAGGCAGAAAUGAGAAUGGGGUCAACGGUGGUCGCCAGAGUGACUAGUGAGAGAGGAAGGUGGACGGUGGAUCCCUGUUUCCAGUGACAGAGUAAUUUUAUCAAAUUUCCUGAAUCACUUCGUAGAUCUUACAUCCAGCUCUACCAUCUGGGGUUUGUAUCUAGAAUGGAAUCAGCAGAACAAAGUUUGGGAAGUGUUACAGAAGAAUUGAUCGUCGCCGGUUGUGGCUGAGAUGCAAUUGUUGAUUAAGUUGGUAUUCAUUUUGAGAGAUUGAAGUUAACAAUGGCACUUAAGCUGCCAGCUGCUGAAGCUGCAAAUGUUGCGAUUCAGUCAAUUGGAUGUGGUUAUGAUAUCUCGUUGGAUCUGAGGCUUAACGAUCGCAAACGUCGUUAUCUUUCAGAUGUUGGUAAUAAUCCAUAUCGAAAUUGCCGUUUGAUAGAAAUUGAGGAGGAUGAAGGCAGAGACAUUGUGCUUCCUGGUGGGCUUCUACUCCUCAAUGUUCCCGGAUCCAUCAAAUGUGAUGAAGGCGAGCAUACACGACUUCAUUCUGAUGUUCUUUCUUUUCGGCUGAUGUCGGAGCAAUUCAAUCAGGAAUUAUCAUUAUCAGGCAAAAUUCCUUCAGGCCAUUUCAAUUCCAUGUUUGAGUUUUCUGGAAAUUGGCCGGAAGAUGCAUCGACUGCUAAAACCCUAGCUUUUGAUGGUGUUUUCAUCUCUUUGUACACCAUUGCAUUAGAAGAAUCUCACAUGGUUCUUUGUGAUCAUGUUAAGAAAGCUGUUCCAUCUAAAUGGGAGCCUGCUUUGUUAGCAAGGUUUAUUGAAAAAUUUGGCACUCAUAUAAUUGUGGGUGUAAAAAUGGGCGGAAAAGAUGUCCUAUAUAUGAAACAGCAUUAUGCAUCAUCACUUGAGCCUUCUGAUGUACAGCAAAGGUUAAAGGAAAUGACACACAAGAGAUUUUUGAACUCUGAACACACGUCUCAAAAUGACAAGUAUGACAUCAGACAGCAGCAACUAAGGUUUCCAAACUCGGACACAUCUAGCUCUUAUUCUUAUGAGGAGCAUCUUUUAAGCAUUUUCAAAAGGAGAGGUGGGAGUGAUGACCGGAACCUAAAACAUAAUGAGUGGUUACAUACAGUACAAUCAGAACCAGAUGUGAUCACAAUGUCCUUCAUUCCAAUAACCUCUUUGCUUAAUGGUGUUUUGGGAAGUGGAUACUUAAGUCAUGCCAUAAAUCUCUAUUUAUGCUAUAAACCUCCAUUUGAAGAGCUCUGUAAGUUUCUGGACUUCCAGCUACCGAGACAAUGGGCCCCUUUAUUCAGUGAGCUGUCCCUUAGUGAUCCACAACAUGAGCAACAAAGUACAACGUCUUUACAGUUCAGCUUUUUCGGGCCCAAGCUCUACUUGAACACCAAUAAGGUUGAUGUAGGUAUGAUGCCUGUAACGGGCCUCCGGCUUUACCUCAAUCGUGAAAGAAACAAUCAAUUAGAGAUCCAUCUCCAGCACCUCUCCGGCAUCCCAAAAUUCUUCCAACUAGAAGACUCCGUAAACGGAAUCUCCAAUUCUGAUUCCGACGACCGUAGAUACUACGAAAAGGUCCAGGGGAAAAACUAUGACUACGUCUGCACCGCCCCGGUCGAGUCCGGAAACAGAAUAUUCUUAAUCGUAAACGGGGCCCAUUUACAUGUCAGGGAUCACGGCUCCAAAAAAGUCCUCUUUUUACGCCUCCGCUUCUCUGAACUACUCGGUUGCACCGCAAGGAGGUCGGAAUGAAUGGGAAUCCCCACUCCACAUACCGGAGUUUGUGGGCUCGACAGAGAUGAUGCGGAAGCUAUUGAAGUUUGUGGAGACAACAGAGAUCACGCGGGGCCCGCAAGAUAGCCCGGGGUAUUGGGUUGUCACAGGGGCUAGACUUGUUGUGGAAAAGGGAAAGAUUUCUCUUCGGGUCAAGUACUCUUUGCCUAAGAUGUUAGCCGAUGAACAAGUGGCAGAUAAUCAUUAAGUGAUAUGUACUUUUAAAUCGUUUUAAACUCGUGUUUGGAAAUUGGAGAUGCAAUGCCAUGGUAAUAUAAUGUUUUCAUGAGUAU